AUGAGAUUUGCAGGUGACAUGGUAAUUAUGACUGAGAGUAUAGAAGAACUACAAACUUUAUUAGAUGAAAUAAAUAGUGAAUGCGGAAUGGGUCCAAUAAAUAGUCCAAUAAAUAAUGAACAACUCACCCUUGGUGGACAGCAAAUAGAGAGAGUGACAAAAUAUAAAUAUCUGGGAGCUUACAUCAAGACAGAAUUAGAUCCAGAACAAGAUCCAUGUUACGUCUGGUCCCAACUAUUCUAUGGGAUUAAAACAUGGACGUUAAAAGCGCAAAUAGUUAAGAAGCUUGAAGCCUUUGAACUUUUGAUAUACCCGAGAAUGUUGAGAAUUCCAUGGACUACCAGGGUCACCAAUGAGGAAGUGUUGAGAAGGAUGGUUAGAGACAAAAAAGACUGCAUACCUUGGACACAUACUGAGAAAUGA